CUCCACCAUGGUCCACAAAAUGGAAUGGUAUGUUGGCACCGAAUGGCAAAUGGAACGCAAAGGCCUACACAAAAAGGUAUUGGCCCAUCAAUUUACCAAAUUGGAAAAACCUCAUCCGGUGGCCAAGGUAAUUAUUUGUGUGGAAAGUGUUGAAAAUCUGAAUGGACGUGAAACGAUUUACCUGAGUGAUGACAAAAUUGGCAAAGAUCAGUGUAUGGAAAUGGGUAGUGCCUUAAGUCCAGUGGAUUAUUAUUUGGAAAUGAUGGUUCAACAAAUGGUCAUUGGUGAGAAGGCGUUGUGUACGAUUAAGACCAAAGAAGCCGGUAAAGAUGUACGAGUCACGUUGGUGCUCAAGGAAAUACUAGAAUCCAAACCCAUACAUAAGCUGACGGUACCGGAAAUGUAUCAACUGGCCUUGAAAUAUAAAGAGAAUGGCGUGAAAAUGUUCAAAACCUAUCCCGUCUUUGCCCAUGAAUAUUUUUCACGAGCUGCCAAGUGUUUGAUUUCUUUUAAAGAAUUUGAAGGAUUGACCAAGAAACGUGAUGGUAUGGCUGGAAAGGAUAUGCAUGAUUUAUUCGUACAAAUUCAAACCAAUUUGGCUGCCUGUUUGCUAAAUGCCAAGCGUUAUGAGGAUGUCAUCUAUCAAACGAAUUUUGUGGAUAAGCAAAAUUCUCCCUCGGAGAAGAGUGUCUAUCGUCGAGCUAUGGCCUAUUAUCAUUUGUCGGAAUUUGAUUUGGCCCAAAAGACUAUAGAGAAAAUACCCGACUAUCAGGAGAAAAAAGAAUUUAAAAAUCUCUACCACAAAGUGGUGGAAUGUCGCAAGACUAGUAAUGCCAAUUAUAAGGGUAUGGUGAAGAAAAUGUUUGGUUAG